AUGGCUUUGGAAGUACCAGUUUUCGCUUCGCCAAUAAAGUUCGAUUUGCAACACGCCAAAGACAAGACUUACCGGUGUAAGCCUUGCCAGCUUAAGUUCGACACCAGGAGCGCCUACAGAAAACACAGGUACCAGAACCACGAUGACAAAUUCCGGAUAUGCUUCAAGUGCGGCAAGACCGUGAUGAACUUGAAUCAGCACGUGAAGUCCGUCCAUGGGAACCCCAACGCCGUUAAGUGUUCUCAGUGCGAUAAGACUUUCUCCUGCACCAAGCACCUGAACAGGCACAAGCUGGUCCACAGUAACGAGUUCAAGUAUCAGUGCCACUCGUGCGGCAAGGGAUUCAAGACUCCUUUUUCGUUGAAGGUGCAUCUGAGAUCACACGACGCCGUCAAGCCAUUCAUGUGCGACAUUUGUUUGAAGACUUUUACCACGAAACAGUGGCGGGACAAUCAUCGGAAAACCCAUAAGCUGCUCUGA